AUGGCGCCUCCUGAGAUGUCGGUUUCACUGCAUCUGAAGCACCUGCCUAUAGGCAGCUACGAAGUCACAGUAACAGGCUCCAAUGGUACGCAAGUUUUUCAUGAGAAGAUCGAAAUUCCAUCUCAAGUCACCCUAAAGAAAGGGAGCCCCUCGUCGAAAGUCGUCACAAGAACACCAACAACUUUCCCGAAAUUCAAAGAGUUGCCAGGAGAAAUUCGAUCCCAAAUAUGGGUGCAUGCUAUACAGAACGACUCGCGAAUCUUCUGCCCAACACAUGAGGACUGUCAUGACGAGUUACUGUACGUCACUUUUGCUCACAAACCACCUCAAAUUCGCCAAGUAUGCCGCGAGUCACGCCAGAUAUCCGAAAAGCGUGGCAUGUUCGUGUUCGGCGUAAACAAAACAAUCAGAAAAGCGCUUUGGUUUGACAAAUUCAACGAUAUCAUGUACGACUUCGACCCUUACAAUUGCCAGCUUGAUUGUUUGGCAGCAGAUUCCGAUUAUAAUCGAGUUUUGAAUUCUGCUCGAAACGUGGCAGUGGACUGGGAAUACCGUUGUGAUUCGAAAGACUUGUUUAAAUCGGUAGUGAACAGAUUCAAAGCUUGCCAGACACUUUACUUGGUUCAUGGGAAUGUAGAGAUACCUGAAGGCGAUAUUGCUUUCUACGCCGUCCCAGAUGAGGAGCUUGUUGAGGCUGUGAAAGGAGAGCUAAAACCGUCGGGUCAGGUGAAGGAUGAAAUCCGCAAAUUCUGGCACAACCAGAAAGUCUCCCAAGGCUCCACCAUCACGAAGGAACAGUUCCCGAGCAUUGUGGCAGUCGAGGCUAUGCCUGUGCGGGUUAAUAAUAAACGCAGACCGAGAAGAACCUAG